GGGCGCUUUCUGAGCUGCUUCCAGUCUGCUGCUGACGGCUCAGCGAGGCCCCUCACCCUCCCACCGCAAGUUACAGAGGGGGACCGUCUGCAGAGCUGGAACACCAGGGGCCCGCCAACUUCCUGGCUGGCACUGUGGCCUGGCCUUACUGCUGCUGCCCACGCAGGGCUUCGCUGGGAGCGUUUCACAAUCGUCCUCGAAGAAACCCAUCUGGCCCACCGCCGGCUCCGUGGGGAGACGGUCCAGCUGCCUCUGGAUUUGAGGUGGAAGGCCCCAGAGACAACAUGGAGCGCCUGGCGGCCCCCACCCUGAUCUCCCUGCUGCUGCUGCUGCUUGCUGCGGCGGCCUCCGGGGCUCCCUCGGUGGGCCUGCAGGCCUCCUUCCUGGAGGAUGCAGGGGGCAGCGGGGAGGCCGAGGGCUCCUCCGCCUCCUCGCCCAGCCUGCCGCCAGCCGGGAUGCCGGCCUUCAGCGCCACGUCCGUGGGCCCCCCGCCCACGGUGCAGGCUGGGCCCCAGAGCCCCCCCAACUUCCUGGACGGGAUCUUGGACUUCUUCCAGCAUUACGUGCUGCUGGUCGCCGUGGUGGGCUCGCUGACGCUGCUGCUCGUGUGCGUCACCUGCGCGGCGCUCAUCACGCGCCAGAAGCACAAGGCCUCCGCCUACUACCCCUCCUCCUUCCCCAAGAAGAAGUACGUGGACCAGAGUGACCGCGCCGGCGGGCCUCGGGCCUUCAGCGAGGUCCCCGACCGGGCUCCGGAAGGCCGGCCCGACGAGGCGCUGGUCUCUUCCCAGCAGCUGCAGGCGGACAUCCUCGCGGCCACCCAGAACCUCAAGUCCCCCGUGAAGGCCACCCCCGGGGCUGGGGACGGAGCUGUUGUGGUUGAGCUAAAGGCCCAGGAGGAGGCGGAGGAGGCGGAGCAGGGGGAAGGUGGCCAGGAGGCAGACAAGGAGGCCCAGGCACCCGGUGUCCCAGCAGAGUGCCCUGAUGUGCCGGGGGUGCCCUGUGCAGCAGGGGCCCAGGAGGGCCUGGCAGUUGGUGAGGGCCAGGGGGAGCCAGAUGCUUUGCCUUUGUUAUCCCAGGAAGCUGGGGACCCCACGGGUUCCCCUGAAAGCCCCUGUGCAUAAGGCAGCAUCCGCCCCAACAUCCAGCCUCCUCCCUUCCCCACUGAGCUGUUAGCCCUGGCUGUUGGCGCCCAAGCAGUCCCCCUUCUUGGGCAUGAAGAAGCCCCGAGUGUCCUAGACCACCCCCUGUUGGCUGUUUCCUUCCACUUCCUAAGCGUCAGAGAAAUUGUUCUCUGUGGCUGUUAGGUCUCUUAGUGACCCAGUGCACAACAGAACAAAGCACUACUAGGUCUUACGCCGGCCUCACAAUGGCUUGGAGCCCGUUGUUACAGCUACUCUGUCUUCUCCUUCACUGCCCCUCUGCCCUACCAAGCAUGAUGUCCUUCUCCAUGGACCGCUCGCUCCUGAUCGCAUGUCCAAAGCACGGGUGGACUUCGAGCGGAGGGCUCCCCAUCCUUGCCUCUAAGGAGCAUUCGGGCUGUACUUCUUCCAAGACUGAUUUGUUUGUCUGUUUAGCCGUCCAGGGUACUUUCGAAUUUCUCCCCCACCCCAAAAGCCUCCCCCAAGCUCCAGAAACAUCCGUCUCUGCGGCUCUGAGGGGCUGCAUCCCCCAGCACAGCCCUUUGGACGUAUGCCCUGUUGGGGCCAUGACAGA